AUGCAGGACCUCAUCGACCAUUUACCCAAAUUGCCUGAAAUCCAGCAACAAAAGCUUACUAUUCCAGAAUUCGAUGAAAUAGAAGUCAAAGCAACUGACUCAGUAGAAAUAAAGAAGUUCAUACGAAAGGUUAACUAUGAGUUUCUUGGAUUUCAUUGCAACCACAAAGUCAUGGACAAAGAUUGCGAUAUGGUAUAUAAGAACAUCUCUGACAUAUACAAAUCUGGGGAGUUUAAGACCUACGACAACUUUGUUUCGUUAGUUGCAAAAUGUGUAUGGCAGAUAAGAGAUAAAGAUAGAAGAGGUAAGAUAUGGAAUGAACAGAUAAAACCCGCAACUUUUGAGUUAAAGAGAGCAAUUGACGCCUUAGUCAUACUAGCAGGUAAGGUUUCAGAAUAUAACGCAAAAAUGAACCCACAAUGUUCUAAAUGUAAAGCAGCAAUGAGGAAAUAUAACUACUCCGUCAAAGAGAUAGAACGUAUGCGAAACGACUAUGCUGACUUAAAGAGGGAGGCAGAGAAACCAGCAGAAGAUAAAAUGGACAUGUUGACAUUUCUAAACAAAAACUAUCCAACAGCUGACGAUUUCCUUCUUUCAGAUGUCAAGAAGAAAUAUAAAGAAACCUUCGGCAUUGUUAAAACAUUCGAUGUCCUGAGAGAAGAAAUAGAAGCUACAAAACUGUUUAGAAUUUCACGAAUUCACAAUGUUUACCAUGUAAAACGCUUAUAA